CAUAGUUUGUCAUUGGUUCGGAAAGCUUCCUAUACAGUCAUUGGUAUUCUAUGCAAUUCAAUUACAAAUGGCAAAGAAUAGAUGGAUAUAUCUCGUCUUUACAGGUGUGUUGUCUGUAACAGUGCUCGAGGAAGACAUUAAUGAUGAAGCAAUUAUCAGAUGCCCGCUUGCUGACGUUGAAUAUCCUACAUGGACUGGUCCAAGUACAUUAACUACUCCUUUAACCAACGGGAAAAUAAUAAAUGAGCAAGGCAUUGCAUGGAUUGAUAAAAAGGAUUUGAAGAUACUGAGCUUGGGAUUAAAACAUUCAGGGCAUUACAGUUGUAGUGGUGGUGUUGAAGUGAAGACUAUCGAACUCGUCGUAGUACAAGUUUUAGAGUUCUACUCCGAGGAAGAGCGUAAUGAGUAAAUUAAAGAAAGGGAGAUCAUUCAAAAUAAAAAAGUCUGGAAAUGGAAAAUGCCAUAAGCGGGAAAAUAGCACGCAUUGACGUAAAGCACAUACGGAAUAGAGACUGAAUUUGUGUGAUAAUGACCGUUGUCAAUUUUCUCUAACAA